AUGUCGUUCCACUCAGCUUCUCCAGAAGGAGGGAAUCACUCAUCCAGCGAUAAUUCUCCGAACGGGGUACCUUCUGCAGCCCCCGCCACCGCCCCGCGCCCGUCCCUCGAUUCCGCCAGCUCACGAAGCUGUGUAACCUGCCGCCGUCGCAAAGUUCGUUGUAACAAGCGAUCGCCUUGCUCCAAUUGUGUCAAGGCAAAUGUCGACUGUGUCUUUCCUCCACCGGGUCGUGCCCCACGCAGGUCCAAGCGCCCGCCCGAUGCGGAGCUUCUUUCUCGCCUCCGACGCCUGGAAGGUGUUAUCAAGCAUUUGAGUGAUAAAAACGGCGAGGCGGGCUCAGUUUCGAGUGUUUCUCCGAUACAGACAGCUUCCUCUACUUUUACAUCUACGGCUCCUACCAACACGGCCAAUACGUCACCGCCUGCAUCUACAAACCCUCCUGCCUCCGUCGAUCUCAAAGCUCAGAACGGGGUUUGUCCGUUUGAGGAUAAUGAUCCCAAGAAGCUUGCACCGGGAAAAUUUGAAAAUGAAUUUGGAAGACUGGUCAUUGAGGAGGGCCGGAGUCGAUAUGUGAGCAAUAGGUUGUGGGCCAGUCUUGGAGAUGAAGUCGAGGAACUUCAAGAUAUCCUGGAUCAUUCUUCGUCCGAAGAGGAGGAUGUUCCAUCUCCUGAUUACUCCCAUUCCGGCUCUCAGGAUGGCUUUCUUUUCGGUUACUAUUCCCUAGCCCACUCCCUUCGAGAGUACCACCCACCUCUUCCCAAGGUAUCAAAAUUUUGGGAAAUUUACAACCAGAAUGUUGCUCCCUUGAUUACCAUUCUUCACAAAGCGACCGUCAGAACCCUCUUGAUCGAAGCGGCACAGCACCCCGAAGCCUUGGAUAAAAAUUCAGAGGCUUUAGUAUUUUCCAUAUAUCUGUCUGCCAUUGUCAGUUCAAAGCCCGAGGACUGUUUGGCACAACUUGGAGAAGAUCGAAAGACAGCCGUCAAACGGUAUCGAUUCGCUGUUGAACAAGCCUUGGCGAGGGCAGGCUUUCUCAAUACGCAAAGUUUGGUGCUCUUGCAGGCAGCGAUUCUGUUUCUGAUAUGCAUACGCCGCGAGGAUGAUUCCAAAUUUGUUUGGUCCAUGGACGCCAUCGUUCUUCGACUGGCUCAAGGGCUGGGUCUCCACCGUGAUGGUACCAAUUUCGCAUUGAAGCCAUUUGAGACAGAAAUGCGUCGUCGCCUAUGGUGGCACAUCUGCCUCAUGGAUAUCCGGUCUUCUGAAGAUCAUGGAACCGUUCCACUCAUCCAUGAGGGUAUGUAUGACACUCGACUACCAUUAAACGUCAACGACGAUGAUCUCUACCCCGAAAUGACAGAGGCACCCAUGGAGCGAGAGUGUUGCACUGAUAUGACUUUUACCCUUAUUCGCUGUGAAAUCACAAGUGCUUUGCGACGAGUAGACUAUACCUGUCCCGGCAACCGGUUUCGUAUGGGGGAUACCACUCCAUCUACAGAGCGUUGUGAACGGAUGAUCCAGAUGAUCAACAACCGGGUUGAGGAAAGGUACAUCAAACACUGCGAUAUGAACAUCCCUAUUCAUUGGGCAUCUGCAACCGUGGCACGACUUAUUCUGGCCAAGUUGUGGCUGAUUGUGCACCAUCCCAUGACCCGAAAAGAUCGCUCUACCAACGUAUCUCAAACGAUACGUGAGAGCCUGUUCCUCACUGCCAUCGAGGUCCUUGAGUUUGGGCGUCUGCUCGAAACCGACCCCAAAACAGCCAAAUGGGCAUGGUUAUUCCGAACCAACAUGCAGUGGCAUGGAGUCGCAUUUGUUCUAUCAGAAGUAUGUGUCCGACCCAUCUGUCCUGUUACAGAUCGAGCCUGGAAUGCCGUUCACUCGCUUUACUCGGAUUGGACCAUUCAUGUUUCACAUAAAAAGGGUAUGCUCUGGCGCCCAUUGGACGCUUUGAUGAAACGCGCUACCGCUACUCGAGCCAAAAAGCAGGAAGAGCUGCGAGAAAAGUUUGGACCCAAUCCCCAGCCACCAUUCCAUAAGACUCCCGAUUUUGCACCUACAAAUCACAACACCCUCCCGCAAAUCCACAUGCCCCUGGAUUCGCCAUCCAAUUCCCCUGGUCAAUCGAGACAGCUCUCGAUGCCUAAUGAUCCUGGGAACAUCACUCUUAGCAAUGGUCCAUGGGACGCAUUGCGAAACAUCUUCCCUGAUACCAAUAUCUUAGCUCCAGUUACUCUUGAUAACCCACCAAUGGUAGAUCCAGUCUCUGCAAGUAUUCUGCCCACUGGACUGUCAUUCAAUUCUCCCAUGGGUAUGGGCAAUGCGUUUAUGACCCAGGACAAUACCACCGAAACACCUGCCCUGGACUGGGAAGAAUGGGACAACGUCAUGCGAGAAUUCCAGAUUGACGUCGAAAACGAUACCACGGUCGCAGGAAAUGGUUCCAGUGUCACCGGGUGGUUUGCAUAA